CCUGGCCAAUAGAAUACGUCGAAAGAAAGAGUGAAGGCUGCCAUUACCAAUAGGCGACGGGUCAUAUUGUACCUGUCAAUGUGCUGGACGCGGUCGGGGAAGCUGUGGUAGAGAUGUGGUGCCUGAACAGAAACGACCUCCGGGGUUUGUUGUUGUUGCUCGCCGUCAGGUUGGCGUGCGGUUUCCAUCCUCGAGAGCAGCCGGACGGCAGCUCCACUGUAUGGCGGCAGGAAAGCUCAUGGAAUCCUCGGGUGCGGAGGAGCUCGGGGAGCGCAGUGGAGUCGGGAACCGAUGACGGCAAUUGUCAACUGCCCAUGGCCCUUCGUGCCAUCCUAGGAAACGACACCUUGUUGGCCACCUUUGAUACAAGUAUAGAACUGUCUUUGGUCUGGGUUGGCGAUGGAUCAGGGGUGGUUCUUGUCCUAACUACUUUCAAGCUUCCAUUCAUUAUCGUUGAAUACGGACAGUCAAAGCUGUACAGGAGUGAGGAUUACGGUAAAACAUUCGAAGACAUAACUAAUCUCAUACAGAACACAUAUAUACGCACAGAGUUUGGCAUGGGUCUUGGUCCUGAGAAUUCUGGAAGGGUUCUUCUGGUUGCUGAAGUGUCUGGAGGGAGCAGUGGUGGUCGUAUAUUUCGAUCUUCAGACUUUGCUAAAACAUUUGUUCAGACAGAUUUGCCAUUUCACCCUUCGAGGCCUGUAUCUUACAAUCCUGAAGAUCCCACAAAUCUGCUGCUCAUUAGUAUGCAAUAUGAAUUGUGGAUAUCCAAGGAUUUUGGAAAAACAUGGAAGCGAAUCCAUGAAUCUGUGUGCUCUGCUAAAUGGGGACCUAGAAACAUGAUCUUGUUCACCAUAACAUCCGCAAAUGAAUCUUGUUCUGACUGGUCUGAGGCAGUUUGGUCCCUAACUAUGAAAAGAACAUCCGACUUUGGUCAAACAUUCAAAGUGCUGAAAGAGCGUGUCCACUCAUUUGGAUUAUGGGGUCGUUUUCUGUUGGCAUCCAUUAUGGAGGAGGACAGAAUGAAGAGGAAGAUCCACGUAUCUCAGGACCAUGGCGAUGCAUGGAACAUUGCUCAACUCCCAGCUGUUGCACAUGAGCAGUUUUACUCCGUGUUGGCAGCCAAUAAUGACCUGAUAUUUAUUCAUGUGGAUGAUGAAGGAGACACAGGCUGUGGAACCAUAUAUACAUCUGACGAUCGAGGCAUUGUUUAUUCCAAAUCCUUAGAGCGACAUCUUUAUACCAAAACGGGAGGAGAAACUGAUUUCACCAAUGUGACAUCCCUCCGUGGAGUAUUCAUUACUAGUGUUCUUGGGGAAGAUGAUUCUGUCCAUUCUGUCAUCAGUUUUGAUCAAGGAGGGGAGUGGAACCGCAUUAACAAACCAGUAAAUGCCAAAUGUGACUCAACAGCAAAAGACAGUGAGAAGUGUAGUCUGCAUAUUCAUGGCCAGUAUAGUAUAUCACAGAAACUUGCAGUCCCACUCCCACCAAUGUCUGAGCCCAAUGCUGUGGGGAUUAUCAUUGCACAUGGCAGUGUGGGGGAUGCAGUGUCCGUUGCUAGCCCCAGUGUGUACCUCUCUGAUGAUGGCGGUUACAUGUGGACUCGUGUACUGGAUGGCCCUCACCAUUAUGCAAUUUUGGACUCUGGAGGGCUUAUUGUGGCAGUACAGCAAAGCGACAUCCCUAUCAAAACCAUUAAGUUCUCAACUGAUGAAGGGCAGUGUUGGCUCUCCUAUAAUUUUACCACUCAACCUGUAAUAUUCACUGGUCUAGCUUCGGAGCCAGGGGCUCGUUCACUGAAUGUCACCGUGUGGGGCUAUGAACCAGGAAUUUUUCGAAGAGUUUGGAAUUCCUACACUAUUGACUUUGCUUCCAUACUAAAUAAGACUUGUGAAGAUAAAGAUUACAUAAGUUGGUUGGCACAUUCCACUGACCCAGGAGACCCCUCAAAUGGUUGCGUUUUGGGAUACAAAGAAAGUUACCUUCGCCUACGAAAAUAUUCUGUUUGCCAGAAUGGACGAGAUUACUUAGUGAGCAGUAACCCUGUGCCCUGUACUUGUACGCUGGAAGACUAUAUGUGUGACUUUGGAUACUUCCGUAAGGAAAAUGAGUCGACAUGUGUGGAGCAGCCUGAACUCCGAGGACACGAACUAGAACUGUGUAUUUAUGGGGAGGAGGAAGAACUAAAGACAAAUGGAUACCGCAAGAUCCCUGGAGACAAGUGCAGCGGUGGCAUUAACCCCACACGUCAAGAAAUGGACAUGAAGAAGAAAUGUCCAGUUGAUGCGCCAGCAAAAAUGCAGGAAAAUACAACAAGCUCUAUUCCUGUAAUUUUAUCUGUAGCUGUGGUUCUGUUGGUUGCUGUUGCUGCAGCCAUAUUGAUAAUCAAGAAAUAUGUUUGUGGUGGAAGAUUUCUUGUACACAGGUACUCUAUCCUGAGGGAGCAUGUGGACACUACAGGAGAUGAGCAUUUGGAUUCAAACAUUGGUGCAGCUCACAGAAGCAACAGUUACCGUGAUGACUCUGAUGAGGAUCUUUUGGAAUGAUGCUUAUUUUUAAGAGGGAAAAGAGAAUUGUGCAUUGUCUGACCCUUCUCAGAUCUAUUUUGAACUGCUUUACUGUGAAAUGAAUCACCGGUGAGGCAGAAUACACAGACAAAGGACCCUCCUUCGGUUUUCUGCAAAGAAUGGUGGUUGUACUGUUAACAGAGUUCUUUCAAAUGAACAGUUUGUUGGAAGCAUGAAAAAAUUAUAGAACCUAUUUUCCCUACACAUCUAGCAAAUCCAGAUUUGCCUCCCAACAUUGUUCUAACGUUGACCCUUCCCUUUUCUCUUGUAACAUAAUUUUGGAGCUAGGAUUUGAUAGGUGAAAUACACAGAGGUCCAAAAUAAUCACUGACUUCAUUGCAGCGUUUUUAAUGCACUGAUGGGUCAUUCCACCCAAAAACUUGUAUGUCCAUUUUGAGUUGACUUCAACUUAUUACCCUGAUUACUCAACUGCAAUUUCAGUCUCUUCCACCAGACAUGGAGCUUUAACACCUGCAGCAAGGGGUGUCUCGCAUUCUAACCUGCAUUUGCCAUAAUGUAAUAUUGAUAGGAACUCUUUAAUGGUUGGGCUGACCUGUGAACUCAAAUGAAGAUGCCAGUAGGCAUAUGUGUGGACUUAAGCUUCCUUUCUGGCUCAGGUUGUAUAGAAGUCACUCUUUCCCUAGAAAAAAACAUCUCACCACCUGUAUGUUUGCGUUAUUAGCUUAUGCUCUGUAGCAGUUUUUAUUACUUUGAUGCCUAUGGUGGUGGCAAGGGGAAGUUUUUUUUUUGUCCUUUUUUUUCUUUUUUUACACAACUGUACAACAUAAAUUUUAAGUGCUAAAUAGAAAUGUUUCACCUAAUGAAAAAGUGUCAAGCUUUCCAAGUUUCUUGUAAAUAAUUACUACUUGUUCAUAUUAUAAAUCUUGCACUUAAAUGGUCAGAGUAAGCAAGAUAAAUGUUUUCUGAUAGACCUUAUCUGUAUAUGUUUGUGAAAUAAACAAAUACUUUUUUAUUGUUUUUGGGUUAUUUUGGUUCACAAAACCAUCAGCAUUGUCGCACACUAAAAAUUAAGAAAUAUAAUUAAUACAUUUAUUGUUGUAAAACAAGUGAUGACCUCUUGUACAUCAGGUGUAAAAUGCAAUAAUGACAAUAAUGCAAUACAGAUGAUAGAGUGAAUGCAGUUAGCAAUGUCUUCUAUUUAACCAUUACUUCUAUGCUUACCGUUUUUGAUUGCAUCUUCAAAUAUUUUAAGAUGCUAACUGCUUUAAUUUACAAUUUCAUGAGGAAUACAAAUUUUCUUGUAAAUGGGAUGAAAAAUAUUUUAACGAAUGCAAAGCAGCUUAUAAUUUUUAAAACCAUUAAUAUAUUCAUAUUACAGCUUGUCUUGGCAUACAGAUAGGUCUGAAGGUGUUUAUUUACUUGAAAAACAUUUAGAGUUCCUACAAAAUGUAUGUUCUUUGUACAUGAACAAUGUAUGCUUUGUGUGUAUAGAGGACAAAUAAAGCCUGUUUAUGAUUUAAAAAGUU